ACCCGACAAGCCCCCCGUAGCCACUGACGCACUCCUCUUGAGAAAUUCGGCAAAAAGGCUUGAAUUUUCCUCUUCUUUUCUUGUUAAAUCACAAGAUUUGGGGCUUAGAAUCUUCCCUCUCAACCCAGAAAAUCCCGGUUCUGCUCUGCUCUUCUCCCAUGUCCGCCGCCUGCUGUGGGUUUGAAUUUCUGGGCAUUUUUCGGGUAAGCCACAGCCAAGAAAUCAUCUCUUUAACCUUGAUUUAGGCUGGGUUAUGCUAAUUUCUGUUUAUUUCCCUCAAUUUUUUGGGUAGUCCGAAAUAGCAUUGUGAUUAGGGGAUGAUCCUAAUGAUGAUUUCAAUUUGAAUUUGUGAUAGUACGGUAAUUAAUUUGUGGAUAUUUUGAUUAGGUUCUUGAUCGUUCUAUCAGUUUAGUACGUGAAUUGAGUGCUCGAUUUUGCGAAGUGAAUUAAGUAAAUUUAUGGUAAUGCCCGUACUGUUUUAAAAGCAUGUUUUGAUUUGUUUUUGAAGUGGUGGCGGGACUAAACCCGUUUUACACAAGUAUGACUGAUUUGAAGUGAAAUGUUUUAUGCUUUUCAUUAAAUUGAGCAUGCCUACUUGAAAUUUAAGUGAUUGUCCUGAUGAUCUGAAAGUGAUUGUGAAUUGUGUUUUUCUGUUAACUUCUGCCUGUUUUGUCUCUGAUGUGGUCAUGUUAUUAGUGACCCUGCUAGUGGGGGAGGUUAUAAACGCUAGCACAUAUCGACAUGUUAUUGAUAGAAUCGGUUCGUUGAGUGACCCUGCUAGUGGGGGUUAUACACCAGCAAAUAGUGGCCUUGCUUGUGGGGAUUAUACACCAGCAAAUAGUGACCCUGCUUGUGGGGAUUAUACACCAGCAAACAGUGCGCUUGCCAGAAAUGAAACCGAGGACGGGGAAUCCACGGGAAGUAACGAGUUAGAAAACUAGCCAUUUCGAGAUUGAUAUAGAUUUUAGAAAUAAAUCGUGAUUUUGUAAGCUAGAGUGUAUUUGGAGAUUUAUGAUAUCGGACAAAUUUUAAAGAUUUGAUCUUCAAAUUUUGGUGGUAUCAGAUUGUGAUAUGAUAAGUUCCGAGCCUUGUGCAUUUGUGAGACUCUCUCACAAGUGCACGGCGUCUGUCGCGCCUCGAAUUCGGGUUUUGG